CAACCCGUACAAGACGCUCGACAUCUACAAUGCCCAGCACAUGGCUUAAUACAGAGGCAGAGAGAUGUUUGAGGUGCCUCCUCAUGUGUACGCUGUCGCCGACGCGUGUCAACGCGUACUUAGACAACAGGGCAAAGACACAUGCGUGCUCAUAUCGGGCGAGUCGGGAGCAGGCAAGACAGAGGCAUCGAAGUUUAUAAUGAAGUACAUCGCCGCCAAUACCACACAGGUCCACAGGGAUUACAUAGACAGAGUCAAGAACGUGCUCAUCCAAUCCAACUCAAUCCUGGAGACAUUCGGCAACGCGAAGACCACUCGCAACGACAACUCGUCCCGGUUCGGAAAAUACAUGGACAUCCACUUCGACUACAAGGGUGACCCAGUCGGUGGGCAUAUCAGCAACUACCUGUUAGAGAAGAGUAGAGUCGUCAGUCUGCAGCAAGGAGAGAGGAACUUCCAUGCCUUCUAUCAGUUACUGAGCACAAACAACCCGCACACGAAAAAGUUCGGCCUAACGACGAACGCGCAAUACAUGAUCUUGGGCAGCGAGCGAGCAACGUCACAAGAUUCUAAGCUAUAUUCUCUAACGAAUAGCGCUUUUAAUGCCUUGGGCUUCGCGCAGUCCGUGCUUGAUGAUAUUUGGAGUAUCGUCGCUGGAGUUAUCCUGCUGGGCGAGUUGACAUUCACAGAAACACAAGACGGCCAGUUAAAAAUCGGGGGCCCAGUGAAACAAUGCGUGACCGCUCUAGGGGUCACAGAAGAAGGCCUUCGUGGGGCCAUGGUGGGCCGCGUGUUAUCCGCCGGCGGUGACCUGGUGUCCAAGGAGCACUCGCUCAGCGACGCUAAUUAUACUAGAUUGGCGCUUGCUAAGGCGGCUUAUGAUCGUCUUUUCACAUGGAUUGUACAGCAGAUAAACCGUGCGAUUGAGGUCCCAGCCGGCACAUACAAGAACACCCUUAUCGGAGUACUGGAUAUCUACGGGUUCGAGAUAUUCGACACCAACAGUUUCGAGCAGUUCUGCAUUAAUUACUGCAACGAGAAGCUACAACAACUCUUCAUUGAACUGGUGCUAAAACAGGAGCAGGAGGAAUACGCCCGUGAGGGUAUCCAGUGGACUCCGAUCCAGUACUUCAACAACAGGGUCAUCUGCGAGCUGGUGGAUGCUCCUCACCAGGGCAUCAUCUCCGUCAUGGACGAAGCCUGUCUUAAUCCUACGAAGAUUUCCGACACACAACUAUUAGAGGCACUCGACAAACGGCUGGGCUCACACAAACAUUACACAUCGCGGCAGCUCGCGCCCACAGACAAAAAACUUAAACAUGGAGUUGACUUUAGAAUCACACAUUAUGCGGGCGAUGUGACCUAUGCAAUCACUGGCUUCAUGGACAAGAACAAGGAUUCCUUAUGGCAAGAUCUCAAGCGGCUGCUGCACUCAUCUUCGAAUGCUUCGCUCGCUGACAUGUGGCCCGAAGGCGGCGCUCACAUACAAAAGACAUCAAAGCGGCCUCCAUCCGCAGCAACUCUGUUCCGCAACUCGAUGGCAGCAUUAGUAACAGGACUGCAGAGUAAAGAACCAUUCUACGUGCGCUGCGUCAAGCCGAAUCCCAUACAGUCACCUAACGCCUGGGACGACCAGCUGGUCCGUCACCAGGUGGCGUACCUCGGGCUCGUGGAGAACGUGCGCGUGCGCCGCGCCGGCUUCGCGUCGCGCCAGCGCUACGACCGCUUCCUCAAGCGGUACAAGAUGCUGUCGCAGUACACGUGGCCCAACUUCCGAGGCUCCAGCGACAAGGACGCCGUCAUGGUGCUGCUGAAAGAUCUGCAGGUCAACGAUGUGCAGUAUGGACAUACGAAGCUCUUCAUCAGGAGCGCGAAAACCCUGCACGGUUUAGAAGCUGCACGCGCUGCACUCAUCCCGUCCAUCGUGGUGCUGCUGCAGAAGUUGUGGCGAGGGACCCUGGCGCGCAUGCGCUACAAGAAGAUGAAGGCUGCGCUCACCAUAUACAACGCCUGGAAGCGUUACUGCUACCGUCGCUACAUCGUCGCCAUCCAGCACGAGCUGCACCGCAACCGCAACGUCAUCAGGUCCUGGCCGCCGGCCCCGAGGCGGGUCAACUCCACCCUCAUACAGGCCGCUUAUCGCCGCUGGAGGGCGUACCUGACCCUCAAGCCGAUCCCGCGCGCGCAGUGGCCGCAGCUCAAGAUGAAGAUCUGCGCCGCCAGCGCCCUGCGGAGCCGGCGGAGGGACUGGGGUGCCGGCCGCCAGUGGCUGGGAGACUACCUGGCCGAGGACCAGUACAACCCGAGAGCUGCCGUGUACCGCUCGGCGGUAGCGUCCCUCCAGAAGUCGCAGCAGGCCGGCGCCGCGCUGUUCUCCUGCCGCGUGCACAAGUUCAACCGCUACAACAAGCUGGCCGAGCGCUGCCUGCUCAUCACGGACCACAGCAUUUACAAACUGGAUGCCAAUACCUUCAAAGUGUUGAAGAAACCUACGCCUAUCACUGAGGUGGGAGCGGUUCGUGUGAUGAGUUCAGAUGCACAACUAGUAGUGAUCAGUGUGCCCCACGCGAAGAACGACCUCGUGAUCGGGCUGGCGUCCGAUUUCGAGCUUGUCGGCGAGCUCGUGGGCGUGCUCGCCAACCGGUAUCACAUGCUAACGGGUUCUGAACUAUCCGUGGAAGUGGAAAGCGGCGCGACGACGCGCUGCACUCUGGGCGGCAAGUCCCGCGCGCUGCAGCUGCCCGCCCCCUCCCCCUCCCCCUCCUCCCCCUCCUCCACCCCCGCCACCCCCUUCACGCACGCACACAACGUCAUCACCUACCAUCCCGCAUCGGCGAGAGCGUAAACCAGAGAUAUUUCACUUUCACAAAACCUAUCCCCGACCGUA